UUUGAACCUUAAACUAAUCUCCUUACCCAAACGUAUGAACCUGAUGCACUAUCCAGUAAACCACGCAGACCAUUCAAAAAAUAGAAAAAUGUUUUUUAACCGUCUCAAAUUUUCUUUCUUUUAUUUUCACGCCUUCCAUCCUUCCAUCUUCUCUUUUGUCGGAGUCUAUAACAGGCUCCGGAGCUUUUCCUUGGCUCCGGAGCUUUCAAAAUCUUUCUCCGGCUCCGGAGCUAGCUCCAAACCAUACCCAUUAAUGCUCCAAACAGUACAUAAAUUAUUUUUUAAGUUUAACCUAGCCAACAGUAAGUUCAACAAAAGCUCUAUAGCUUAUAAGGUAAAUUUGUUAUUUAGUUUUAAUAAAAUAUUAGCUUUAAAUUUUAUAAUUUAUUUAGUAAAAUGA